AAAAACAAAAACCACGAAGAAAGGAGAAAACUGGAGGCAGAGAAUCGAUGCGAAUCAGCGGGGAAGGGUGGAAAAAACAGCCCCGGGGUUGGCGCGAUAGCUCUCAGACAAACCCGGUAGAGCCUGGCUCGGUUCGCUUUGCGUGACAGCUGCGGGGCCAAUGGAAACAUGCGGGGAGCCAGCUGCGCUAACGGCCGCAGCCAAUAGAGGAGACCCGAGUGCCGAGGUUAGGCUGACUGCCGCUAAACUUCACGGCGGAUAAAACAAGCUAACUGUGUUUUGGCCAAUGCAGAGGCCAUUUUAGGACAGAGGUGCCCUUUAACUUUGGGUUCUGGAUGUGGCUCGGUUCGGCUCCGGCAUCCAGACUGAAUGAAGUCCGCGCCGCUGCUGCUAGCUUUAUGUGGAUUUAAUAGAUUUUCCACUCCUCUUUUCUCCCUCCCUCCUCCUCAUCCUCCCCCUAACCUCCCCAUCCCUCUUCUCUCCCCCCUCCCUCCUUCCUCUGCGUGCUAAUUUUUUAUGCAUUUUUCCUAAACUGUCAUGGCGUUUUUGUGUCCUUGGAAAUAAAAAGCUCCAGCGGUUUUCGGGCUCGCCGGGGUGAUGUCUCCGCGGUGAGAAUGUGCGACCAGAGUCCGGAGCAGAUGCAGUGAACAGAUAGAAGAUGAAAAUCCUUAAGAAGGCCAAACAACAGAUGUUCACUGACCUUCUGAAGCACACGCCUCCUCCGGCCUCCUCUGCUGCAGCCUCCUCCUCUGCCUCGGACCAAGACGGCAACGCACAAACCGCAGUUCCCACAAUCCCAAGAGGACACCUGGUCGUUGGCCCCAAAGACCAGCUCCGGCUCCUGACCCCCGUGGGCAGCACGGCCACAUCCAAUCACUGCGCCGUAGCUGGGGUCCACGUCGCCAAGCACUCCGGAGGAGCCCCGCGACCUCCUUUCUCCCUGAGCGAGGAGGGCGAUGGAGGAGGUGGAGGCAGGGUGAAGAAGAAAAGGAAGAAAAAGGAUAAGAGGCAAUGGGAGAAAGGAGGAGCAGACGUGGAGGAGAAGGAAAGCAGCAGACCAAAGAAACGGAAGGAGGAGAAGGGGCCGAUGGUGCUCACGCUAAGGAGGAGCAAGCUGCCCAAGGAAGGCAAGGAGGGGAAGGAGCGACGGAGGAAAGGAGCGGAGAGUGGAAGCGACCUGAGGAAUACGUCGAGUGGGAAAACAUCAGGUCCGGCAGCUGCCCGAGAUCCAGCUCAGGUGCCUGUAAAGGUUCCCGGAAAAAGAGGGAGGAAACCUAAAAUCAAAGUGCUUCCUCCUCAGCCCUCAAACCAAGCCUCUUCUGCCUCCUCAAGGCAGAUCAGCUACGCCCAGAGUCAUGGGAGGAGUCCAGGCCUGGCCAACAGCAAGACGUCUGUCUCUACAACACCAAAACAGAGGGGUCGCAAACCCAAAGAUCCGGGCGCAGCGCCGGUGGAGAAGAAAAAGAAAGGAAAGAGGAGAAACCAGGAGCUUCAGGAAGGGGGGGAGAGCGACGAUACUACCUCAGUGUCAGCUCUCAACAUGGGAGGGGAGGACAGCCAGGACCCCCUGGAUAACGCCAAGCGGCGUUCAGGAAGGCAGGUCAAAAGGAGGAAGUAUAAUGAGGACAUGGACUUUAAGGUGGUGGACGAUGAUGGAGAGACGAUCGCGGUCCUUGGAGCCGGACGCAUCUCGGCGCUGAACGCUACGGCUCUGGCCUGGCAGGCUGAAGAAUUACUGUGUUAUAUUUCUGCCGUGCAAACUCAGGAGCCACCAGAGGACGAAGCCAACAUCAUCGAGAAAAUUCUGUCAGUCAGAAAAGCAAAGACCGAGACUUCACCAGAGGACCAAACAGAGGAAACUGAGGAGUUUUACGUCAAAUACAGAAAUUUCUCCUACCUGCACUGUAAAUGGGCCACUUUGGAGGAGCUGGAGAAAGAUCCCAGAAUCCACCAGAAGAUAAAACGUUUCAGGACCAAACAGGCUCAGAUGAAACACCUGUUCACAGAGCCUGAUGAGGAUUUAUUUAAUCCAGACUACGUAGAGGUGGAUCGUGUGCUGGAAGUAGCUGUUACCACCGACUCUGAAACUGGAGAGGAGGUGACCCAUUACCUGGUUAAGUGGUGCAGUCUGUCGUAUGAGGAGGCCACCUGGGAGCUGCAGGAAGAUGUGGACCCGGAGAAGAUCAAGGAGUUUGAGGAGAUCCAGAAACCACCGCCAGACCUGAGACACAUUGAGCGUCCGUCUCCAGAAAAAUGGCAGAAACUGGAGAAUUCCAGAGAUUAUCGUAACGGAAACCAGCUCAGGGAAUACCAGCUGGAAGGGAUGAACUGGUUACUGUUCAACUGGUACAACAGGAAAAACUGCAUCCUGGCUGAUGAGAUGGGUCUGGGAAAAACCAUCCAGUCCAUCACCUUCCUGUUCGAGAUCUUCAGCAUGGGGAUCCGUGGUCCCUUCCUCAUCAUCGCCCCGCUGUCCACCAUCACCAACUGGGAGAGGGAGUUCCGUACGUGGACGCACAUGAACGUCAUCGUGUACCACGGCUCGCAGAUCAGCCGUCAAAUGAUCCUGCAGUACGAGAUGUUCUACAGAGACGCGCAGGGAAACACGGUUCCAGGUGUGCUGAAGUUCCACGGCCUGAUCACCACGUUUGAGAUGAUCAUGGCCGACUGCCCGGAGCUGAGGAAGCUGCAGUGGCGCUGCGUCGUGAUCGACGAAGCUCACCGGCUGAAGAACAGGAACUGCAAACUGCUGGAGGGACUCAAACUCAUGAACCUGGAACAUAAGGUUCUGCUGACAGGAACUCCUCUGCAGAACUCCGUUGAGGAGUUGUUCAGCUUGUUGAACUUCCUGGAGCCACAGCAGUUUCCCUCAGAGAGCUCCUUUCUGGAGGAGUUCGGAGACCUGAAGACAGAUGAGCAGGUGAAGAAGCUUCAGUCCAUCCUGAAGCCCAUGAUGCUGAGGAGACUGAAAGACGAUGUGGAGAAGAAUCUAGCUCCUAAAGAGGAGACCAUCAUAGAGGUGGAGCUAACAAACAUUCAGAAGAAAUACUACCGCGCCAUCUUAGAGAAGAACUUCUCCUUCCUGUCUAAAGGAGCCAACCAGCACAACAUGCCCAACCUCAUCAACACCAUGAUGGAGCUCCGGAAGUGCUGCAACCACCCGUACCUGAUCACGGGAGCUGAAGAGAAGAUUCUGGAGAGCUUCAAGAAGAGCCACCAUCCUGAUGCACCAGACUUCCAGCUACAGGCCAUGAUCCAGGCAGCGGGGAAGCUGGUUCUCAUCGACAAGCUACUGCCCAAACUGCUGGCUGGUGGACACAAAGUUCUGGUCUUCUCCCAGAUGGUUCGCUGUUUGGACAUCCUGGAAGACUACCUCAUACAGAGACGCUACACGUACGAACGCAUCGAUGGACGCGUUCGGGGGAACCUCAGGCAGGCAGCCAUCGAUCGGUUCUGUAAGCCAGACUCGGACCGCUUUGUGUUCCUGCUCUGCACCCGAGCCGGAGGACUGGGGAUCAACCUGACGGCCGCGGAUACCUGCAUCAUCUUUGACUCGGACUGGAACCCUCAGAACGACCUGCAGGCUCAGGCACGCUGCCAUCGGAUCGGUCAGAGCAAAGCGGUGAAGGUCUACAGGCUGAUCACCAGGAACUCCUAUGAGAGGGAGAUGUUCGACAAGGCCAGUCUGAAGCUGGGAUUGGACAAAGCUGUCCUCCAAGACAUCAACCGUAAAGGAAGCCUGAACGGGGUGCAGCAGCUCUCUAAACUAGAGGUGGAGGAUUUGCUGAAGAAAGGAGCAUACGGGGCGCUGAUGGACGAAGAAGACGAAGGCUCCAAGUUCUGUGAGGAAGACAUCGACCAGAUUCUUCAGAGGCGAACUCAGACCAUCACCAUCCAGUCUGAAGGGAAGGGCUCCACCUUUGCAAAGGCCAGUUUUGUGUCCUCUGGAAACCGAACCGACAUCUCGCUAGACGACCCAAACUUCUGGCAGAAAUGGGCAAAGAUUGCAGAAGUGGAGAUAGACUCCAGAUCAGAGAAGGAGUCCCUGGUGAUCGACACUCCUCGUGUGAGGAAGCAGACACGUCACUACAACUCCUUUGAGGACGACGAGCUGAUGGAGUUCUCGGAGCUGGACAGCGACUCGGAGGAGAGGCCCUGCAGGACCCGUCGCCUUGGCGACCGCAGCAGGCGGUACCUUCGAGCCGAGUGUUUCCGGGUGGAAAAGAAUCUUCUGAUCUUUGGCUGGGGCCGGUGGAAGGACAUCCUCAACCACGGCCGGUUCAAAUGGCACCUCCAGGAGAGGGACAUGGAGGUGAUCUGUAGGGCUCUGCUGGUUUACUGCCUGAAACACUACAAAGGAGAUGACAAGAUCAAGAGCUUCAUCUGGGAUCUGAUCUCUCCUUCUAAAGAAGGCCAUGACCAGGCGCUGCUCAACCACUCAGGUUUGUCAGCUCCGGUUCCCCGGGGCAGGAAGGGGAAGAAGCUGAAGAAUCAGCUGAACGUUCCCGAGGUGAAGAACGCUGAUUGGCUGGUCCACUGUAACCCUGAGGUGGUGCUGCAGGACGAGAGCUACAAGAAACACCUCAAACAGCACUGCAACAAGGUUCUCCUCAGAGUCCGGAUGUUGUACUACCUGAAGGUGGAGGUUUUAGGAGAAGCUGCUAAUCAGGUUGCAGAGGGAGUGUCUGCCAGUAAACUGGAGGUUCCGAUGCCCGACAUCGACUACAUUGAGAUUCCAGUGACAUGGUGGGAUGUAGAAGCCGACAAAUCUCUCCUCAUAGGAGUCCACAAACACGGAUACGAGCGAUACAACGCGAUGCGUGCCGAUCCAGAUCUGUGUUUCUUGGAACGAGUCGGGAUGCCAGAUGUCACCGCCCUGUCUGCUGAGCAGGGAGGGGGGGAGGGGCCUCCCGAGCUGACUGACAGCAGCAGUAAGGCGGAGGAGACGAAGGAUGAGCCAGAAACCAAAGCGAACGAAGGGGAGGACCGGGACGAGAGCAGCAAGGGGGAGGAAACCUGCUCCAGCACCGAUACGUCUGAGAAGCCAGACAGUUCGGGUCAAGGGGAGACGGUUACCGUGGCGACAGACACAAACCAGUUCCAGCUGAGAUUCAGGGAGAAGACAUCAGACACAGCUGACUCUCAGAUGUCCGUUGACCUCAGCACCCAUAAUGGACCUCUGGUUACCACGACGACAACAGGAACAGGAUGUGGGGUGGCAUCGCUCCAUGUGGUCCAGGCCCGGCCCAUGUGGCCCACCGGUCCCUCCCUAACGGCCCGUUUUCGUCGUCUGAUCACCGCCUACCAGCGCUUCACACUGCGCCGGGAGCCCCUUCUGAGGCACGACUUCCUGCUCCACGACAGCCUUGUCAGCAUGGCCAUGGCGGGGGGCGGAGCCACCCAUAGCCAAUAUGCUGGCGGACCGCUGGCAUGGCAGCUGGGUGAAGAUCUGAGGAGGUGUUCGAUGGUCUCCACAGAACCGGACCCCCUGUUCAUGGAGUGGCAGCGGAGGUGGACUCGUCGAGAACAGGCAGACUUUUACCGCACCGUCUCUUCCUUCGGGGUCGUGUAUGACCCGGAGAGGAAGGCUUUCGACUGGUCCCAGUUCAGGGCGCUGGCCCGACUGGAGAGGAAAACGGACGAGAGUUUGGAAAGAUACUUCAACUCAUUUGUCAACAUGUGUAGGACGGCAUGCAAGCUUCCUCCACGGAAGGAAGAAGGGUUGGUGGAACCUGCCGUGAUGGUGGAGCCUCUGACUGAAGAGCGAGCAGCGAGGACGUUGUAUCGCAUCGAGCUUUUACGAAAGAUCAGAGAACAGGUUCUCCGCCACCCUCUCCUCUCGGCCCGCUUCCAGCUCUGCCGCCCCUCCCUCUACCUUCCAGUCUGGUGGGAAAGCGGGAAGCACGACCGGGACCUCCUGAUUGGGGCGGCGCGUCACGGUCUGAGCCGCACAGACUUCUACAUCUUGAACGACCCACAGCUCAGCUUCCUGGAGGCCCACAGGAACUACGUCAGACGCCAUCCCGCUCAUCUUCAUCCUCCGAGUCAUCAUCACCCCCACCAUGCGGGCUUAGCAACCCAUCCUGGAAUUUCCUCCUCAUCCUCGUCGUCCCACAUGCAGCUACCUCAUCCUCACUGCUGUCUGUAUGAUUCAGGACUCGGACGUCACUCCCCGCAGCCUCCUGAGUAUCAUCAUCAUCAUCAUCAUCAUCAUCAUCAUCAUCAUCACCCAGACAACCAGGCUGCUCCCUCUCCCCCAUCCUCCUCCUCUUCCCACCCCCACCUCCACCCUCCUCCACUGGAUGCCCAUGACUCCUCCUCCCCCAGUCUGGGUUUGGUUCCCGGGUCGCGUGUGGAUUUCCUGGACUGCGCUCCUCUGGAUGAAAGCCUGGAGCUCGGUUCUCUGCAGCACGACGCCAUGUCAGCUGAUGCUCUGCACAUCGGAAAGACGACAAAAGACGCUCUGAAUGGUUUCCCGUUCAACUCUGCGGCCGGAGGUCAAAGCAUGCUGAACUCGUACGGAGUGGGCGGGGCCGACCUGGACUCCAAAUUGAGGAGUGACGUUCUUGUUGGUGAGCAGGGGUCAUCCGAGGAAACCGGGCUGAUGGCGCCGUUGGUGGAGCUGGACCAGUUACAGACUCCUUGGGACAGCACAGAUCACACCAGUCCAGCUGAUCACAUGUUCAACGAAUCCGAUCCAAUUCUGGGCCCCUCUGCUCUGGAGGCGAGCUUCCUGGAGGAGGAGGAUGAGGAGGCUCAGGGAGGAGACAGAGCAGGGCAGGAAGGAGGGACUCUGGAGGAGUGUUUGGGCCUCCCACCUUCGUCCCCUCCCACUCAUCCUUCAACAGGGGAUUCUGUGGAGCCGCUGUCAUCCAGUUACAUGCUGUUUAAGGACAUCGGAGUAAAUGAGGAGGCCAGCGCGGAUCAAACGGACCUGUCAGCCAGCCCGCCUCUCCCCUACAUCCCCCCUCCCCCGCUUGCACUGUCUGACCUCACCCCCAACGAGCCGCAGGACGAGCUUGGUCACUCUGAUGUGUCUGACAGUCUCACCAACCCCAUGGAGGAUGGGGAGGAGCCGGAAGGGAGCGCUGGCUUUGAGUUUGAGAAGGAGGAAGAGGAGAUGGAGGACCUGUUGCAGGAGAGUGAGGAGCAGCAUGCAGAAGAACAGAACUUACAGCAAGGAGCAGAUCCACCUUUGGGAGUUCUGAAUCCAACUUUUGAAGAACUGCGGAUGGAAGAUGGAGACCCAGAACUUGACCCGGAUGAGAGGAAGAACCUCCAGGAGAACUUUGAGUGUGUGAAGAAUGGUGAGGGUUCACCAGAAGAGGGUCAUCCUAAUGCUGGGAAGUUGGAACCAGAGGGGAGUUUGGUGUGUCCAGAGACUUCUGAGGGCCCACCGGAGGAGGCUGAUGGGAUGAUGUUGUUUCGGACCGAAGAGGAACCGGCUGCAGACGAUCCUCUGGAUCCUGAAGUGUUCAUGCAGACUGAAAAGGACACGUCUGUACAAAUGAAGACAAGUCCACAAACCCCUGGAGAGACAGCUGCGAUGGACGGCCUAGAACCUGCAGGCCAGGUCCACCUGGUCUCUGAAGGCUGCAUGGACCACGACUCUCUAAAUGACGGUCCAGUAGAACCAGCUGGUGAGGAAAAGCCCAUAAGAACCCAUCUGUCCCUUUAUUCUGGAUUUAUACAGUCUUCCUGCUCCACCAGAGAGGGGGAUGCCACCAGGUCCAUGGUUCUGAUGGACCAGAACCAGAACCCGUUAGUCAGCAGUGACUGUAAGAGCAGAGUUCUGUCCAUCUCUCCUGAUCUCAGCGGCAGAAACGACCUGCUCGACCCGAACGAUACCAAACCAGAUUCUGACACAAAGCCGUCGGAUCUGACGUUUUUUGUUCAGAGCCACAGCUGUGAAAACAAACCAGAACCGCUGCUGGUACCAGUUAAAGUAGAAGAACCCAAACCAGAACCUUCUGAGGAUGUCUGCCCCAACGGCUCUGAAUUCAAACAUUCUUAUUUCCUGGCUUACGCUGGUAAACCUGAAGAGUUACAGACUAAAUCUGAGCAGUUUGACUCCACGGAGGUGAAACCCGAAGACCUCAGCCUCCUUGUGAAGUCCGAGGACCUCAGCGCCAAACCCGAAACGCUCCAGUUAGUAGCUUAUUCUGAUGCCGCCGAGGACAAGCCUGACGUCAAACCCACUGAUCUGAGCUUCAAUUCCUGUCCGUUUGAGUUUAAGAGCGAGACGAAGCCUGAAGCCUUGAAGUUACCUUCGUUUCCUGAUGUCAUCAAGCUGGAAGCCAAACCCGAGGUUCUGGGGUUUGGGACCGACCCGGACAGCUCCGAGACCAAACCGGAGGGUCUGGAGCUUUCAGCGCUACCUGAACUCAAGGCUGAGAUGAAGCAGGAGCUGCUGGAGGCAGACAGCACGGUCCUGACCCCGAAACUGGAGCAGGCGGACAGGCUGGUGGACUCGUCGGGGGGGCUUGGGGUGAAAGGUCAAAUAAAGGAGGAGAAGCCAAGCACGCCAGUUCCCGUGGUGGAAGGGCACGCCGGCGGUCCCAGGUUCGCCGCUCCUGUUCCCAUGUGUGAGAUUCCCGACAGCCUGCACGAAUCCAGAGAGCCGACCAUCGCCCAGCUGCUGCAGGAAAAAGCACUUUUCUCCUUCUCAGAGUGGCCCAAGGACAGGGUCAUCAUCAACCGCCUAGACAGCAUCUGCCACGCCAUCCUGAAGGGGAAGUGGCCGUCGUCCAGCGAGCAGUACGACUCGCCCGCCUCCCUGGCCUCUAACUCGUGUUUGUCCAACAGCCUGGUCCAGCACCGGCCGGGUUUCCUCACAACGGCGGCCUCCGGAUGUGUCCCGAGUCAGCCGCGGGUGCAGCAGAGCGCUUCGGGACACGUGUUCCCUGUCCCUCCACCUCUCACACGACUCCCUAAGUACGUGCCGCGGGGCGGCGCUUGCGGGCGCGGAGCUUGGCGCCUCACCUCCUUGCCUCUCUUACAGGAGAGACUUGUGGCUCCUCCCUUCCUUCCUGAGCUCAAACGAGCAGGGGGUCGCAGGUCAUUCGACUAUGAAGCAGUUGCCGCGGCGGCCGCCAAGAUUUUAGCUGGAAAGUCGUCAUCACCGAGCCACACCUCCACAGCCAGCUCCAGCGGUGAGAAGGCGCCAGUGGUGGCUCCGCCCUCUCACCGACAUGGAGCCAUGUUGUUAAAUGGCUGGCAGGAAGCAGCCAUAGAUCUGACCAAGUCUUCAGGGGAAAUCAGCACCACGAGCAGCGCGGGGGCAGGCGAAGCAGCAGGGGGCAGUCACAAGCUGCCGCCGCUGCCCCCCAUCACUGCCCCGCUGCCUGGCCCCGUGGGGAUUGACAUGUCUGGGAUCCUGCAGGCGGGGCUUAUCCACCCCGUCACGGGGCAGAUAGUCAACGGGAGCCUGAGGGGAGAUGACUCCCUGAGAAGGAGGAGGGGCAGGAGGAGAAAUGUGGAAGCUCUGUACUCUGAGUUCGCCAAGAGCCGAGGACUGCACCUGCCCGAGACUCAGGGUCGUGUGGAGGCUAUCAGCCACUCCUCCGUCUCCUCCUCCACCUCCUCUCCGUCUCCAUCUCCAUCAGAACGACCCACGGGUCCUCCAACGCCCUCUUCUUCUACUCCCACGCCCACGCAGAGUUCUCCUCAGCCGGAGAUCGUGGCCGUGGACCGAGAAGCUGCCAGCAAAGGUCUGAUCGAGUGGCUGAGACAGAACCCGGGCUACAGCAUGGACCUGCCCGCCUUCGCUCACUCUGGAGCCAGCCUGUUGCAUGGCUUUGUGGAGCGUCCCAAACAGAGGAGGCAUCGCUGCAAAGACCCCACCAAGCUGGACGUCAACUCUCUGACGGGGGAGGAGCGGGUCCCCGUGGUGCACCGGGGGACAGGACGCAGGCUCGGCGGCGCCAUGGCUCCCGCUAUAAAGGAACUCUCCAGAUGGCUGGACGCUAACUCGGAGUACUUUGUGGCUCCAGACUGGGCUGAAGUGGUCAAACACUCUGGUUUCCUCCCUGAGGGAAAGUUUUCCCGGAUCCUGACAGAGCCGGUCAACAGAGACCCGGGUUCUCGGCGGCGCGGGCGGCGGCCUCGCAGUGAGAUGCCAAAGCCCCUCCUCUCUGUUUCUGACUCCGCCUCCUCUAGCCUGGGCCCCCCCCUGUACAUGAACGGCGGUAUUAUCGGCAGCAUGGACUCCAUAGUAGCCUUGCAGAACCUUCGUGGUGGCAUUCCUGGGAUUCCCAUCUCUGGGAUCAUGGCGGCUGGAUUCCCACACGGUUUUCCUGCUGCUGUUCCAGCGGGAAGCGCCGGAUCAUCAGCUGAAGACGCUAAGAACGGUUUGAGCAUGUUACCCAUGAUGCUGCACGGCAUCCCGCACCCACACGGCGCCGCCAUCCCUCAACACGCCCUGUUCAGCGUCGGCACAAUGAUGGCGCACGUCCCCACUCCUCCUCACCCAAACUCCUCCUCCGCCUCGCCUUCGUCCUCAGCCUCUCCUCCAGCUUCAGCUGCAAAUGUUACCACGACAACGGCGCCAUCUGAGGCCGCCAGCCCUUCCUCCACCACCGCGGACAGAGAGAACACCUCCUCCUUCACGACAGGAGGGGAGAAAGAGAAGGAGGGCACCAAGCGACCAGCAGAGGCGGCCAUCAUCACCUCCACCAGCCGCGCCCACCUGAGCCCAGCUCACCUGGGAGCCGCCAGCGGCCAUCACACUUUCAACCCGUUCCUGAUCCCAGGAAUGUCGCACGGCCUGCUGUACCCGCACAUGUUCCUGCCUCACGGCAGCAUCAUGACACUGCCCGCUUUGCCUCCAGGCGCCGCCGAUGGCUCACCUGGAAGUCCGAAGAGAAGGAGAAAGAGAGCGCGGGAGGAAGAGGAGCGGGAGAAGACAGCAGCAGGAGACGCAAAGGAAAGUACAGCUCCUGCCUCCUCUUCCUCCUCCUCUUCAGUCCCCUCUACCUCAGCUUCAGAUUCCGGCCCGCCUCCGACUGAGGAGACUGAAUCCGGGCCGGGAAAUUUAGAGGAUGGGCAUUCAGAGCCCCAGGAACCAGACUCCAACACCCAGAGCAACGGAGCCACAGCUGAGAAGGAUGGGGCGGUGGAGACUGGAGGAGAGGUGGAGCAGGAGGAGCAGAGACCGGAGGUUCAGGAGGAGGCGUAGAGGAGAGGAACCUUCAGAGAAGCUCCUCCUGCUCCCUUGUCUCAGCCGUGUAAAGUUUGUGCCGUCUGUCUGACCCUGUAAAGACUUUUAAUAUGGCGAUUAAAUUCAACAUGUUUAUAACCCAACAUCUUCUCCACUCCGCUGCAAACAACAACAAACAACUAGUGGUAAACAAAGUCUGUAAUCUUCCUGUCAUUCUACAUCGGACUGGAUCAGGAGCGGCUCGUCUCGACCGGAAAGCGCAGGAGGGAACCGGGAACCCCAGCCUGGAGCAUCACAGACAAAAACCCAGAUUCCUGCUCCAUUUUUAGAGGUGACUUCCUGAUUUUCUCCCCACGGUUUGGGAACGGAGGAAGGGGUUUAUGUUCUUACACACUCCACGAUUUUCCUUUACAGAUUCUACCAGUGCAAUAUUAAAAAGAUUACUCCAAACUAACUUCAUUUGGAAGAACAACCAGUGCUCCAAGAGGGCUUAGGGUUAACGUGACACUAAAGCCCAGAGCUGGUGCUGCCGAGAAUCCCUCCAUCCUAUCAUGUAGCUCAUUAAAACGUGCAGCUGAAUCAGAUUUUAACUAAUUACCCUUUGAGUUUUUAUAUCUCCUGAUUCAUGACGUUAUCUAGAGGUUAGAAGCUGGUGACAUCAGAACUGAUGGCUGACGCCCUCGUUACUGUUAGUCAGAUUCAUCACAGCUAAUGACGUUUGUUUCUGCAGUAGCUUCCUUUGAAAAGCUAAAUAAUGUGUUUAAUAUGCCCAAAUAAAGGGUAAAAUUAGGGUUUUGUAGUUAAAAUCAGUCACACUGUCACUUUUAAGAGGUCUUCUAGUGGUUCAGUCCAAUCAGAGGACGUUUAGUCCGGCCACCAGGGGGCAGUAGGAGAUCGGAGUCCUGUCCUGCAGAAGAGGAUUGUAGGAGCUCAAGGUGCAUUCCUGUGGAAGCUCAUGUCUGCCGCCUAAAGGGAAACUCGUCACACAUUUAGUCUGAUUUAUUACUUUAAAGUCUCCUUGCUCGUUAUGAUGUUAAACAAAGACCUGACAUUUAAAUUAAACUAGCAGCUCUGGGCUGCCCGAGGAUGUGCCUGACUUUAAAUGGGCUUUACUAAGGAGGAAUAUUGGGCCAAUAAAAUUACCCUUACUGUAAAAGACACAAUUAUGAUAUUACAUCUCAUUAUUGUUGGGAUGCCGUGUGACAGGAAAAGCUUCCAGACAUUCCAAACAAUCACGGAUAAAUCAGAGAAACAUCCGCGGGAAAAGUGCAAAACGACCGUAGUUUGGGGUCAAGUCUUGAGCUGUAGCCAGAGUUGUGUUCAGAUGAGAUUGUUUGUUUUCACAAACCAACGAAGAGAGACGUGAGCUUGUUUUCCUCUCCCAGCGGUUCACUCUACAUAUGUAAAUCUGUGGCUGUACAUUGCUGUUUUUUUAAAGGCUCUGUGUAUUUCUGUUUCCAUCGGGGUGGGGCGGGCGGGUGUACAGUAACAGGAGGUAACAGUGGCUGAUUUAACUCAAUCCAACAGGGUGUGUAUUCUGAAGAAAUGUUUCAGUUCUUUUGGUUUUCAGACAUGGAAACAUUAUUUUUGCACAGUGUCUUGUUGUGAGUCUGUGUGAUUUCCAUUACAGUGUAUGUGUGUGUGUGUGUAUGUGAGAGAGAGAGAGAGUGUGUGACGUUGGGAGGAUGUUUGUUUGUGUGCAUGCAUGGGCACACGCUCCAUGUCUUGUCCCGACAGGCCACGUUUCUUUACAGUGAGAAGAAAAAACAGUCCAUAGUUGUUGCCUUGUCACAGCUCUGUGGCUCCAUAGAACUUCUUUACUUUUUUGCCAAAUUUCCACCAAAUAAGACAUGUGUUUCCUUUUAUUUCAUCUGUUAUUCAAAGUGAAAUGCCUUAUUUUUAGCGAUUAUAUUUGGUCAAGCUGGUCUGUUACAGGUCCUGUUUUUGUGUGUGUGUGUGUGUGUGUGUGUGUGUGUGUGUGUGUGUGUGUGUGUGUGUGUGUGUGUGUGUGUGUGUGUGUGUGUGUGUGUGUGUGUGUGUGUGUGUGUGUGUGUGUGUGUGUGUGUGUGUGUGUGUGUGUGUGUGUGUGUGUGUGUGUGUGUGUGUGGUGACAGAAGGUACCGCUGUCCAGAUCACUACAUUUACCCCUAAAAGUCAAUCAGUCAUCCCUUAAAGCACAAACGUUUGCUUCUCUGUGCCUCUAAACUUACUUUAAAUCCUCUUUUCUUAGCUUCACUUGAACACUACAUUCCGUUUCCAUGGCGAUGCUUCAUCUUUUAGUGACGCUUCUGUGGUUUAAAGAUAAUCCUGAGGUUUUUUUUAAACAGUCUGCAUCUCAUUCUAGGAACUCUACCAACAUAUUAGCUUAUAUUGUUUUUUAUGGACAGUUAUUCAAAUUUCAAGCUCAAAUGUUUGCAGCAUUUUGAAGACAAAAUGGUAAGAAAAUCGGCGCUUUCUCAGUUUGAGUCACCUUGGACCGGUACGUACGACACUUUGGUGAGAUGUUAGCUGGUCAGCCUGAUGUAGCUACAAAUAAAAAGGGCUACAUUUCUCGUUACAUUUCAGUCAAAAAGUGUAGUCUUAUUUUGUUCCUGAUCUGGUCUCCAACUCUUCCCAAAUUUUUCUCACAUUUCUCACACAAAGGCUCACAGAGAGUUCACAGACGGGUCCAUUCGAGUCUGAAUGUUAAGAAGAAAUUCUGUCUCGCUGUAAUUUAAAAAAGAUCGCUUGGGUUCCAGUGCUCUAGCAGAGACGUCCUGGGACGGGUGGGAGUGAGAUAAUGAGGCCUCGAGAACAUUUCGAGACGUUUGUAAGCUCAUUUGAGAUUGUUGUUUAUAAUUAGUCACCAACAGUCUCAGUAGAGGUUCUGUUGGUGUUAGUAUGGUUCUGUGGAGCGGUUCUGAUCCGUUCUACAGAUGCAGCCAAUUAGAAUCAACCAAAAUUCAGCACCAGAUCAGUUCUGAUUUAUUUAGUUUUUGGGGUUCGUGCACCUGAUGUUAACAAGACUCAAAGAAAUCUGACUAUUUUCCGAGCUCGUGAACUCACCAUUGCUAUGCGCUAAUUCAUGUUAGCUAUGAAAGGUUUGUACUUAUCUAAUUAACCCUUUGAUGCAUGAAUUAUGAAAUCUUCAACCAUGAUUUUUUAAACACAUUUUUUCAUUCAUCUUUAGGUGUGAAUGAAACAAAUUUCAUAUUUACAUAUUUUUUGUAACAUUUAAUUUACACAUAGUUUAUUACAUGUCCACCUCAGUGGACAGCGUGCAUUCUGAACAUGAAAUAUGUCGGCUUGACUUACUGAAGUCCAAAUGGAGGGGCUCAAAUGCAAUAAAGUCUUCAACAGCUGUGCUUAGCAGCAAACAUAAAUAAAUAACAAUUUUGAGUACCUGUCCACUGUCGUGACCAUUAUGCAUCAAAGGGUUAAGCAGAAAUUGUUAAAUUAGUAUAAGAUAAAUCGGCAUCAACCCUCGAAACCAGAAUUGGUGCUUCUCUAGUCUGUGCUUUAGCUUCAGCUGGAAAUGUGAUCGACCAAUCAGAGCAGAGCAAGAAAUUUAAACCAACUUAGUUUCCAAACAGCUGAAGCUAAUAUUAACAGGUUUUCAGCAGGUGAGAUCAGAACCACCUGAGCCAGACCAAACUGGCUUUUUAACAGAAUAAAACACUGGGUUUUAAACAGAACACGAGGUUCCUGUUAUUUAACAGCAGAACACAAAUAAAACAAAGUUAAUAACCUUUGGUUAGAUCUCACUUUUCAAAAUAAAAGCAUAUAAGAUGUUCCAGGUGUGGAUGCAGGCUGAGAAAUCUUGGGAGUUCUCUUCACAGGUUGUCGGUUGAAUUCCUAGCUUGAGGCCUUCUGUAACACACAGUUCUGUUUGAAUCUGGGAUUAUUAAGAUUCUGGAAAUUUGCUUUCACCCACAACUAAAUCAAUGGACACUUUUAAAAUGGAGGAUGUGGAUACGCAUCACUUCCUGUCACCUGUUCUCGUGCGAAACUUGAAACAACUCAAUAGGUGAGCCACACCUGCAGGUUGGUCACCUCGCUUUAACAGUGUUUAUUAUUAUUAUUAUUAUUAUUAUUAUUAUUAUUAUUAUUAUUUUAGGGUAAAUGUUCUCCAGAACCUGGACUCUGACCAGAACCGAUGUAUUUAUUGUACAGUUCUUGUCUUUGCAUUGUUGUCUCACGACUGAAUAAUGGCUGUUUUUGUUACAAUGGAACGUCUUCUGAAAUAUAAAAGCAUUUUGGUUCACAUGGAAAUUAAACCAGCUGCAUUUAUUUGUUGCCUUCAUCA